CCUCCUCCUCCCCCCGCCGCCCCGGCUGCUCCAGUCUGGCAGCCAGGCGGCCGCUCCCUCCGGCUGGAGCCGCUGCAGUUAGGAAGCGCCCCCGGCCCCCGCGCUGCCGCCGGGAUGGGGACGCCGCUGGCGGCUCCCGGCCUCCUGCUUCUCCUGGCUGGCACCGCGGGCCUCUGCGGGGCUUUUUUCUCCCUACCGCUCCGGGUGUCCCGUCCGGCCGCCCCCAGCGGGUCGCCGCCCGCCCCGGUGGUGUUGCGGCCGGCGAGCGGCAGCCGGCAACCGGAUCCCUCUGGUGGCGCGGACGGCUUGGCCUUGGCUUCGGAUCCUGGAGGCACCCUCAACCUUUUAGCCAUGGUGGAGAAUCUUCAGGGGGACUCCGGCCGCGGCUACUACUUGGAGAUGCUGAUCGGGACCCCACCGCAGGCGUUAAAUAUUCUGGUAGACACUGGGAGCAGUAAUUUUGCUGUAGCAGGCGUGCCUGAUCCUGAUGUCACCUCCUACUUCAAUACCGAGCUGUCAAGUACAUACAAAUCUCAAGGGAUUGAUGUCACAGUUAAGUACAGUCAAGGAAGCUGGACUGGAGUGCUGGGUACAGAUGUCAUUACUAUCCCAAAAGGAAUCUACGGCAGCUACACCAUCAACAUUGCUACUAUUCUUGAAUCAGAGAAUUUUUUCUUACCAGGUGUUAAAUGGCACGGGAUUCUUGGUCUUGCCUAUGAUGCCUUAGCCAAGCCUUCAAGUUCUGUGGAGACAUUCUUUGAUUCUCUUGUGAGGCAGGCAAAGAUCCCCAACAUUUUCUCCUUGCAGAUGUGUGGUGCUGGAUUGCCUGUUUCUGGAAGUGGUACCAACGGAGGUAGUCUUGUUCUGGGUGGAAUUGAACCAAGCCUGUACAAGGGAGAUAUUUGGUACACACCGAUCAAAGAGGAGUGGUAUUACCAGGUUGAAAUUCUCAAACUGGAGGUUGGAGGACAGAAUCUAGAACUGGACUGUAGAGAGUACAAUGCUGAUAAAGCAAUAGUAGACAGUGGCACCACGCUCCUCCGUCUGCCGCAGAAAGUCUUCAGUGCUGUUGUGCAAGCAAUAGCUCGCACAUCCCUGAUACAAGAAUUCUCUUCUGGUUUCUGGACUGGUUCACAGCUUGCAUGCUGGGAUAAAACUGAAAAACCCUGGUCCUUAUUUCCCAAACUUUCCAUAUACCUAAGGGAUGAAAACUCCAGUAGGUCGUUUCGGAUCUCUAUCCUACCACAGCUUUAUAUUCAACCUAUCCUUGGAAUAGGAGAAACUUUACAGUGUUACCGAUUUGGCAUCUCUUCCUCCACAAGUGCUCUAGUUAUUGGUGCUACAGUCAUGGAAGGCUUCUAUGUAAUGUUUGACAGAGCCCAGAGGAGAGUGGGCUUUGCAGUGAGUCCAUGUGCAGAAGUUGAUGGCUCUCCAGUAUCUGAGAUCGAAGGCCCUUUCACAACAGCAGAUGUUGCAAGCAACUGUGUUUCUAGCAUUUCUUUCCAUGAACCAGUGUUGUGGAUUGCCUCCUAUGCUCUCAUGAGCCUGUGUGGAAUUAUCCUCCUUAUACUGAUCAUCCUGCUGCUUAUCCCACUACGGUGCCAGCAUCGCUACACUGACAAUGACGUGGUCAAUGACGAAUCCUCCUUAGUGCGUCAUCGAUGGAAAUGAGAAACUUGAUCGUGAAAUCUGGGACUUAGAAUGAAAAACAAAGUACUUUGCCAAGGGGAAGAAGCCAAUGCCUCAAUCCUUUCUACGUUCACUACAAAUUGCUGUUGAAAUCCAGCCAAAUAUCCUGCAUCAUAACUUUUUAAACUUUAUUUUCUAACACUGAUUCUGAACCAAAGCACUGUUAACCACUUCUUAAGUGCUACGGUACUGGAUUUGCUACUGCAGUAAAAUGAGCCUUUGUGCUCUCAAUAGUACCUUCUUUUUAAAAAAAAAAAAAAAAAAGAGAGAGAAAAAAACCACACCAUGCUGUUCUUCCGCUGUCCAUCCCUCUCACAAAAAAAGAGCUGUCAGUAUUUUCUAACUAAUCAAGCCCUGACUGUAGAAAAAGAGAAAAAAUUUAAUAAUCUUUCUUAUUAAUUGCAUUAAAUGAAUACUGCUUUAUGUUUACAUCAAUUCAUUCUGAAACUGUGCUUAUGGUGCAGGGGAGGGAGAAAGGCCAGACUUAAGCAGCAGAGAAAAGCAAGUGAGGUCAGGAAGAAAUGUUGGUUUGUGGGUUUUUUUCCCUCAAGAUCACUGCUGCCACUUGAGAGGGUCGCCCUUCCUGAGUGUCAUUACAAAAUAGUUUGAGGAGGUGAAAACGGGGGAACAAACCUGUUCAGCCUUAGUGUAAAACAAGACUACCUCUCUUAAUUUACAAGGACGCUACCACUGGUAAGCCUGUGGCUUAGAACUGGUCUUGAAGCACAAGAUGCUCCAUACAACCACAUGCAGCUCCUUGGCUUUGAAGUAGUGGAUUUUAUAAAAAUUAAUACUUUGUGACUUUCCACUUUUGUGCACAAAAGAAAAGCCUUUCAGUUUUCCCCCUGAUGUGGGGUUUUGUGGGGUGGUUGGGUUUUUUGAGUUGAGGAUGACUGAUACUUAGAAAAGGCUGGUUUUCAUAUGUAUUGGACAGAUGAUAAAGUUAAGGUCCAUGUUCUGCCAUGUCUUUUGAUUUUUCUAGUGAGUGUGGAACAAGAAGGAAACAGCAAAAGAAGAAAGACACCCCUUUUUUGCUGAGCUCACUAACCUAGAAAUUCAAUGGAAAAGUAUCUGCCUUCAUGGACAGACUGUGAAGUGAAAGUCUUAAUGCUGCCUUGUUUUUCAACUUCAACAGCAGUUGGAGGUCUUUAGUUUAGCUUCCCCUGUGUGUCAAUCAAAUGAAAAGUGGGUGUAUUGACUGGCUGAAAACAAACGUGGUAAAACUGAACACAGUAGUGGGAGAGAGCAGGAAAGAAUGUAUUUGACCAGACCUCCACUGUACAAGCACAAAUCUUAAUGCCAAGGUCAGAACAUGGUAUUUUCUUUGCAGAUAGGACAAUCUUUCUUGUAUCUAGUCAGUGAGCAUUGCAGGACCUCCAUCUCUUUCCUAUAACACUGGCAUAGUGAGGUUGAAAGAUAAAUUAUACAAGGUUGAGGAGUCCUGCGAUAACUAUUAGUUAUCUGGUUUGGGGGCAGGGAAAAGGGAACAAAAAAAAGAAAAGGGGGGGAGGGAAGAAUCUUUUGCAUUUCGAUAGCAGAGCAGUUUGCAUAUCUGUGUGGGAAACAAGGAGAAAGAAAAGGAAGCUUGGCUCUGGAUCUGCCAAUCCCUUGCCUAGAAAAUUUUCUGCCUAUAAUCCCUUCAGUAUAGCUUUCUGAUUCACACUGCCUCUGCAUCUGACUCUGCAUGGAAUAAGCAAAGAUUUCUUUUCAGAAAUGGUGCUUUUACAGAGGUGAACAUAAUGUAUGUGAAAAUAAAGCACUGUUGGUUUUUAUUAACUAACUUGUGUAUUUCACUUCAUAACUGGAAGUGCCUGUGGUUUUCUUUCCUUUUUAAUUCUUGUACUUUCAAAUUGCUUGGCUGAAUAGAGUAAAAUGAUAGGUGUUGUGGUCCAAUGUCUGAAAAUUAUUUCUCUUGGAAUUAGGAGGAAAUUUUGAGUUUGCCUCCCUCCUUUGCCUCUUAGUUUUUAAAAGGAGAAAAAUGAUGAAUUAUAAGAAAUGUGAGAAACUAUAGAGCUUAGGUGUUUCUCUGUAUUCUGUUUUCCAUGUUUCUUUUUUAAUGUCUUAUAAUUAGAACUUCUAGUACACAUUAUAACAAAAAGAAAUUCCCUUGAGUUCUUCCUUCGAGUUUUCCUUAAAGUAGUAGACUUUGCGCUGAAAAGAUGGAGUGAUGUUUCCAGUUCUGUGAUUUGUUUCCAUAUCCUCCUCCUGGGUUUGGUUUUACACGUAACAAAUAAUUUCAACAUUGUAUUCCUUCUUCUACAGUAUGUUAGUAUAAGUAAUGCUUCUGUCACCUGUUUCAAACAGAAACAUGGCGCGAAUGUUUGGAUUGGUACGGUGGUAAACAAUGAGCCCUUUCUCAAUUCAGAAAGUAGUAACACUUGUAUGCUCUUUGAAAUGUUUCUUAGCUGCUUCCCUCUCCCCAGCCUCUCCGAACUCCUUACCACAAAGAAUACUAGGAAGGAAUUUACUGGGAAAGGUUCCUAGUAUGCUUUCUAAUGGCAAGCAAGAUUUGUCCUUUCAGUGUGCUAGAUUUCAUAUAAAAGCCUUUCAGUUUUGCCCUUUCACUUUGAAUGUCAUUGGUCAAGACAUUUUAAUAGAAACACUUGAAUUAUAGGAGCAAUAAUCAAGUAGCACAAAUGAAACAGUAAUAUAUUCUGGAGUUUUCAUGGCAUCCCUUGUCACUAAAAUUUGGCUUUUAGUAAAAAUGCUGUUAGUGACAUCUGCUAGCAGCACAAACUUCAUCUCAGCUUGUAAAUUGAUACUUACACUGGCAGAUAUUCAGGUGAGUAUUGCUUUGUUGCUCUGGCAACCAGAAGAGCAAUAGAAACCCUUGAGGGUUCAUUUUUAGCUUACAGCACAUUAAGAAAAAUAAUGCUCUCAAGCAUUUUUCUGUGAAAGAUGAAAUACAGUGACAGAUUACAGUGUUACCAGUGUGUCUUACUGGUGAUCUCUUUACCUGAUAUAUUUUUAUUUAAAGGAGAGUGCUGGGAGGUAUUUUGUGCUCCUCUUAACUAACUUCAGAAAGGAGAUUAAACCAUACCUUAAAAAAAAAAAAAAAAAAAAAGAAAGAAAAAAUCAGAGCAUUAAGUAAAGAUGGUGCUGGAAAAUAUUCUCUAUUUAUUAUGAAAGACAGGAUGCUCCAAAUCGCAGCACUCCAUUCCUCAUACAUGUAUCAAUAUUUCUUGCAGAACCAACAUUCUCCUAAUGUGAAUGUAAUAUCAUGUACCAUGAAAAUGUCAGAGACCGUGUUUCAUAGGAUGCAGCCUUUAGGUAACUGAUGCUAUCAGUGCAAUCAUUAGGGGUUUGAAGAUGUGUGAUUUGAGUUCAAGUAGUCAAACCUGAGAUCAGACAUGCAAAUAUGUUAGUUCUAUCCCACUGCCUUCACAAGGUUUAGAAAUAUGAUAAUAGGCUUUUUGGCUCAAUUUAAAUGCUGAAGAAAAUAGAAGAAAAAAUUUUAAAAGCCUUUUUUUUUCAGUCUCUGUAAAAGAAGUUAGGUAGACGGGAUUGUUCUGUUUUUAAGGUGAAAGAACUGGUAUUUAGGAUUUGCAUGCUGGCUCAAUCUAAAUGGAAUAUAUCAAGGCAGCAUACCAUUCUCAGCUUUGAUGCUGUGCAGGUUAACUAGUGAUAAUCACAGAGCUAUCAGUUUUGACAUCUCUUAUUAACGUAGCAGUUGCUUAACAACAGUAAACUCUUAUCAACUAAAGUCAACCUAUGGGUAUUCUGCCCAGUUACUUGCUGUGUAUCGACUGCCUGUGUUUGACUGAAGGAUGAGCUGUUUGUAUACUAAGCUUUUAAUUUAAAUAUGAAAAGACUUAGGAGAGUUGCUUAACACAGCAACUUUUCAGAGAGAGUGGUCCUUAAAUUUUCUGAUAACCCAGUAUGAUUGUGCUACUGAACGCUUGCUUGACUUCUGUAGAGGUUUCCAACAACUAGGUUGGUUGUCAUAUCCUGAUCUCAGACACGAGCCUCAUAUUUAUAAGUAAUGAUAUGAGCAGUGUAAUGAAGGGGGCUGGUACAAUGAUGUAUGGAGGUGAAAAUAAAGGAAAUUGUGGAAAGAUAAGUAAACUAUCCUUCACUUCAUUAAAAAUACUAAGAGCAUAACAAAUUGAUCAUUUUAAGAAGGGUCUGUACAAUUUACCAAGACAUUAGUUCCUGUCAAACUUGACUCUCUGAGAAGUUGUUCAUUUUUCGCUGCUAAUGUUCUUGCUGCUGCUCAGAGAAGUGAAGACAGCUUGGUAAUGGGAUAUGAGCAAUCUUCUGAGCCAGUCAGAUUCUCUGGGUUCUGGGGCCUAAUUAGACAUUAGGUCAGGCUUGCAAGUAAUCCAGAGUCCUGGUAAUGGCUUGCCAGUAACAUCUGAAAUACAAUUGUUGGCUUCAGCCAAACCCCUGAGUGACAUAGAUCUGUACUGCAGAAGCCACUGCUAUGGCUUGCACUAACUGACAGAGGGGCUACAGUGGGCUGAAGCUGGCUGGUGGUGUGAAAUGUGGAGAUGCUAAAUAAUUGAGUCUUCUUCCAGAUCAAGGCUGAGGCUCCUUAGUGGUGCAGAAACGGAGAGCAGUUGCUGACAAACUGCUGUAAGUGUAACGUCAGUCAGUCACCUGACUUCUUUGGUAAGGGUUCACUUGUCUGGAUAUAUAAGCCAGUGAACACUUAAGGUGCCUAUUGCUGCUACUGGGAAUUAUCCACUCAGAAGUGAAUAAGGGGCAUGAUCAUCUUCAAGUAAAUCAUUGGCCAGUUAGUGAAUAUCCCCCUCUCCAAAGUUCAUAUGUCACACUCCUAGUAAUAGUCUGUUUGUCAGCAACGAAACAGGUUAUUUUAAAACAAGUUGGCAUUAGUGACUGUGCAGUAAUAUAAGAAUGAUUUGUGUUUGCUUUUCUUUUCCUUUUCAUUGUAGGCUUUGGCUGGAUCUUUGUGGUUGGGUAGUUGUUUUUACACUGGGCGUUUUAGAUUAGACUACAAAGGCACAUGCAGAAUUUCUUUUACGCUAGCCAGAAAGUAGAACACAGAAGGUAAUUUUCAGCAUUUAAAAGGAAGUAGCCCUCAAUAAGUGUUUUCUCCAUUUUUUUGUAAUUUAUGAUAAUCACUUAAAAUCAAUGUAUUUUAGCAUGGCUCCUGUCCUUCUAAUUUACUGGCUGUAAAUCUUCAGAUUUUUCUGACUUAUACUCCCCUCAUUCCUUCCCCCCCAAAAAAAAGUGUUCCUAAAAAAAGUUCCUAAAAGGUCCUGAAGACCUCUAUAUCCAAAAUUUAGCCUUCUGACAAAAAAGAUGUUUUUCUUUGUGAGCAUUCACAGACCUAUUUUAAAGUAGUUUGUAAAGCUUUAUAAAUUAACUCUAGGUUUAAAAUACUUGCAGUAGUAUUAGGAGGAGAAUUAGACCCAAACCUUCAUCUAUGCCAGUGGUCCCUGAAUUUGUGUGCAAAGAACUCUUUUGUGCAUUUGACUACCUUUCCUAGACCGCUUUCACUUCCCACUUGGAAAUACUUCACCGCUUGGUCACUGGUCCUGUACAUUCUAUCCUUAUGAAAUAUGGUGGUGGAGAGGAGGACCGCAAGAUGCUGUGAGAGUACCAUUCCUUAAGCAGAUAAACACCCCAUAUUUGAAGGCCUUGCCAUUUUUCUGUCCUACCACCAACUGUAGCGGACCCUUACUAUCUGUUGGCUCUUCUUGCCAACUGAGACACUUAUGCUUUUUCCGGUUGAGCAACUCAGCCUGCUCUGAUUUUAUAGCAAUGUGUACUUAGGCAAAAUACUUGAAUAAACUUCGUUGUAACCACCUUCUCAUCACAUCCCUCUUUGAAGAGAGAAGUUUUCACAGAGCCAUGUCAAACCUGCGAAGUGUAUGUUUAUUCCUGUGGUUUUAGAGAGGAAUUAUGUAGUUGAAUGUUUAAAUGGCCAUAUUUGCAAUAUAGCUGUCCUUUGAAAAAUUCUAUGGGGAAAAAAUGGACUCAAGAAAGGCAUGUUGAAAUGGUACUGAAGAGAAAACUUGACAAUUUCUUGACAGCACCAAGGCAUGAAUUAUUGAAAUAUGCCAUGGAAAAUAUUGCUUUGCUAACCAAUACUCUGUGUGUGCAUAAACUAUACAAGGUUGAGUGUUUAAAUAAGAUUUAUCUGAAAUGGGCAGUUCACUUUUUUUAUUGAAAAUUUUAUAUGGAGUUGCAGAAAUCUUUUAAGUCUUUAACACUACAUCAGCUGUUAUUCGAUAGUUAUUUGGGAAGUGUGGAAAGGAUUUCAUCUUUAAGGAAAUUUUUCCAUCUUCUAGAGGCAUUUCUUCACCUGAUUUUUUUUUCUUUUCUUUUUAAUAGGCAAUGUUUUUAACAUUGACUGAAAGGAAAAUGGGAUCAAAACUUUGAAAGAAAGGUGUAUAGCCUUUUUAAUUCAGCCUUUGGGUGAUGUUAUGAUGUCUAUCCCACUUACUGUCAAACCUCAUUACUGAAUUUUCCAAGAAUUGAUACUUUGUACUUUCAGGUCUUGCCAUUUUCAGAUAAACACUAUGUAAAAAUUCAAAUUUUAUGCUGCAUAAAAUAAAUGAUUAAUUCUUUGAACCUA